AAAAUCAUUGUCUUGGUUGAGUAUUAUGUUUAAGUUGACUUUUCUCAUAAACUAUCAAAGCUAUUGCUUUAAAACUUGCAACAGUUUUUCACCAUCAUAAGUGGACACUGUACAUCAAGAAACAUAACUCUAUCCUGCUUUUUGCAAGAAUGAUGGCCCAUUUUAUACUUAGAAAAUCGUGGGUAGGACAAUAUUUCUAUUACACAAAAAAAAAAUCAGAUGAGCGUCAGCACCCGCAAGGCGGUGCUCUUGUUUCAUUUUACUCUUAUCAUUUUACCAGAUACAGUGGCAUGCAUUUACCUUCACAAUACUAAUGGUUUUCUUAGCAAUCAACAACUCCAACAUGUGUUUAUAGUAAACAACAAAAAUUGUCUUUUUUGCCAUUUAGGUAAAGGGAAAUUACUCUCCGCGCUUACUUUCUAUGCUAAAAUCUACGAUUGCCGUUACGUUCAGUAAAAGAUCGAGCGGUUUCAUGAAAAUUUAAUAGUAUUUUGAUGAAAGAAAUAAGAAAAAAAUCACAAAUAUUUUUAUACUAAUUAAAGAUUGAGUAUUAUCUUUAACCGAGAUCAAACUGUGAACAACAAAAUUGACAUGAGGUGACACGCUAAUUGCCGAUAAUUACUGGCCAUUUGAUCAUCAUAACAAAAAGACGAUCACACCUUUUGUUUUCAGUUUGACUUGUGUCGAUCAUUUUGUAAUAAAUAAUUAACUUCUUCAAUGACAGCUAAGUGGGCAUGUUUUUGUAGGUGUCAACAUUUUAACUUUUCAUUGAUCAAAAAUUAUGAUGUAGUCACUCGAAACUUAGCAAUCACAUGUUACUCAAAAAUCGGGUAUCUUGGCGAUUCUUGGCUAAAAGUUGGUUUUGGAAGAAACAUGGCCGCUGAAAGGGGUCAAAUACGGUGGUCGGGAGGCAAUUCCGGUGGCUGCUGACCACGGAUGGGAGGUGACCGCUGAAUAAAGUGAUGAAAUAGAGGAAAAUCAGUCGGAGGUGUCAUAAAAUGACUGCUGAACGGAGGUGACCGCUGAAUGGAGGUGACUGCUGAUCAGAGGUGACCUUUAGUACAGGACUGGAGUUAUGUAAUGAGACGUGAUAUGCAGGAGAUCAUCCCAGGAUUAUUUCUUGGCCCUUAUGCUGCUGCAAUGAAGUCGAAGAAGGCAUGUCUCCAACAACACAACAUCACUCACAUCGUUUGUAUAAGACAAUCCAUCGAGGCCAACUUCAUCAGACCGAACUUCCCAGAUUUAUUCAGGUAUUUAGUGUUGGAUAUUGCAGAUGUUUCAACAGAAAAUAUUAUUCAAUAUAUACCUCAGGUUAGAGACUUUAUAGAUAGUUGUUAUGACUGCGGUGGUAAAGUCCUUGUCCAUGGUAAUGCUGGAAUCUCUCGGAGUGCUACACUUGUGAUAGGAUAUAUCAUGGAGAAAUAUGGACUCUCUUACAAAAAUGCUUAUGUGUAUGUACAGCAGAGAAGAUUCUGUAUAAACCCUAAUGAAGGCUUUUCACAGCAACUCAUUGAAUAUGAACCAAUAUACAGAGCAAGGCAGUGUUUAGACAUAACAGACACAACUCACACAACAGGUUCGAUGAAAAGAAAGUGCCAGUUUGACACAGAUGAUAAUAAACAUUCAGAUUCUUCCAUGAUAACUUGAUAUAUGUGGAUUAACUUAUCUCUCUGUGAUAUAUGACAACUUACAGGUAGUUUAACUGAAAGCAAACACCUGUUUUGACAUUUUAAAACAAACGUAUAGUUCUUAUAGAUAUGUGAAAAAAAGUAAAUGUGUCCCUGGAUUACAGAAUACAAAAAAUGGACAACAGUGAAACAUGGGAUGGAGCAAUAUCAGAAAUAGAUUAUUGAGUGAGAAGAGGUUUGGAAAUCUGCAUCUUGGAACACAUUUUGAUAUAGCUGUAUAUGUAUUGCUUCUAGUCACAGUUGACUAGUUGACUUAAUUGUUAAUCCUGUGUGUUGAUAAUAAGAAUAAAUCGUUUUUUAUAUUGAUGAAA